UCAUGUUCCCAAACAUGAAGCUUCAAAAAGCACUGCUGAUGUUGUCAUCUCUUCUAAUCCUUACCUGGAUAAUUCUUGUAGUUUCUCAAAACACCACGAAGUUUUGGUUGACUCUAAAUUUACCUAUCACUCUCCAAAACGGGAACAUAUCUACAAAGUCCUCAUGUCCCAAAACAUCAGUGAACCUGACAAAAUCGCCAACAGAGACUGAGCUGAGAAUCAGGGAGAUUACAGAGAAACUGGAUCGGCUGAUCCCACCCAGGACCUUCACGGAUGAGAGCACCACCACCAGUGCAGGCCACAGCGUGACCACCAUCCUCAACCCUCAGGACACGUACUGCCGGGGGGACCAACUGGACAUCCGGCUGGAGGUGAGGGACCACCUAGGACGCAGGAAGGAAUAUGGCGGAGACUUUUUGAGGGCCAGGAUGUCUUCCCCAAGCCUUAAGGCCGGUGCAUCAGGAAAGGUGACGGACUUCAACAAUGGCACCUACCUUGUGAGCUUCACUCUGUUCUGGGAGGGCCGGGUCUCCCUGUCUGUGCUGCUCAUGCACCCCAGUGAAGGGGCUUCAGCCCUGUGGAGGGCAAGGAAAGAAACGCACAAUAUAAUUAUUUUCAGAGGUAAAUUUGUUAACGGCAGUGCACAGGCACUUGCUGAAUGUGGACUGACCUUAAACUCAAGCGCAGAACUAUGCAAGUUCCUGUUUGGCGGAGAACAUGAAGUCUUCUACUGUGUAAAGCCUCAGCACAUGCCCUGUGAGGCCCUCACCCACGUGUCUACCAGGAACCAUAAUAUCCCUUAUCUCACUGUCCAGGAGCAGAGCCUUUUCCACAGGUCCAAAGUGGGAGUUGAAAUAAUGAAAGACUUUAAACCUAUUAAGGUCUCCCAAUGUAACAAAAGUGAAGCAAUAAAAGAGAGAUGUGGAAUUGGGAUGCAGAUGCCCUUCCCCGGCGGUUACACUCUGCAGGAAAGGUGGAUCACAGCGUUUUGCAACCAGGCUCAGUUCAGUACAGCUAAGAUAACCGGCUGUCUGAAGAGAAAGCUCAUCUACCUCCACGGAGACUCCACACUGCGUCAGUGGAUUGAAUACCUGCCCAAAGUUCUAAAAACACUAAAAUCUUUUGAUCUCCAUGGAACUGGAAGUUUUCCAAAACGUUUGCUCCUGGAUGCUAAACGGCACACCCAGGUGCAAUGGAAAAAGCACAGCUACCCUUUCAGUACCCUUCAUGGGUAUUCAGUGAUAGAUGACGGCUAUAUCCCCCUGGAGAUCGACCGGGUGCCAGGGGACCAGCACACAGCCAUCGUCAUCACCUUCGGCCAUCACUUCAGACCGUUCCCCAUUGAGGUUUUUAUUCGCAGGGCUAUCAACAUUCGAAAAGCAAUUGAACGACUGUUUCUACGAAGCCCAGCCACUAAAGUGAUUAUUAAGACAGAAAAUAUCAGGGAAAUGCCGGCAGAUCAAGAGUGGUUUGAUGACUUCCAUGGAUACAUUCAGUAUCUUACCAUACAGGACAUCUUCAAAGAUCUCAGUGUGGGUGUUAUUGAUGCCUGGGACAUGACCAUUGCGUUCAAUUCCAAUUUGCUCCACCCAGUAGAAGCUGUCAUUAGAAAUCAGAUUGACAUGUUUUUAAGCUACAUUUGCUAAAGCAUAAAUAUACAGAAUCACUAUCAAUAAUCUCUACAAACCCUUCUCUGUGUCCUUAGACUUUCUUUUUCAUUUAGAGGACUCAGAAUAUCAAAUUUAAAGAAUCUUUCUUGGCAGAAAAGACACUUGAAGACAAUGAUGUCCACUGGAGAAGAGUGAUUGGAUUCCAACUAAGACAGGAUCCAAUGCCAAGAAUACCAAAUGUGAAGAGUGAUUGUACCAUGCUUGAAGUUUGUCAGAAUGGAAUAAGAAAUAUUCUUUAAAGAAAUCUGGGUGAUUUUUAUGAUUUCCAUAACUUAUGGUCAAAGUGAACAGAAUGGGUAAAAGCGACCAUGUGAUUUUCAUGGUGUUUUAAUAUCGCAGUCACCUAAUUUUUCCUGUAAAAGCAAAGACAAUAAUGUAGUCACAUGGUGAGGUGAGCCAGGGCCUCAUGGGAAGGCACUUUUGCAGUAAGAAUCAGGGACCAAAAAACCUCAGAAACACUAGAUUUUAAAACUGUAAUGGAACAGAGGGCCGUAACACUUAGGUUACAGCAACACAGUAUGGGGAAGGGAAACCCUCCAGCUCCCAGCAAGAGAAAUGAGAAAAAGUCACGAAGAUCUCCCCAAACACAGAACCUGGCACCAUAAUAACACACAGCAUGAGCAUUCAGAAGGCCUAAGAUGUAUAUAGCUAGACAGCACAGAAGAAUUUCCCAGUAUUUUCUGGCAUAUUAACAUGGCGUUGUAACAGCGAAUUGCCUAAUGAAAUAUUCUAUUGUCUGAACAUAAUGCUCAGAAGACCAGAAAGCCGUGCAUUUUUAUGUCUCCAAGACUCAUCAGCAUCUUCUGCUCACUGACGCAUACGGCUGACAUCCUGGAAGAGAAUGUCGGCUAAGGAAGUGACUUUGACAUGAGUCUGUGGAGAAAUCUGUGUGGUGGGAAGCACGGUCUGUGACAUGGAGAGGAGAAGGUGCUUCUAGUUAAACCCAGAAGAUGCACUUGUGGGAAACAGAAAACUCAGCUGUGUGGGUUCACACAGGGGCUGUGCACCAACCGUUCCUACCACAGCACAGUCUCCCUCAGUGCAAAUGGUGUUGAUUUAGUUACCUCCUCCACCGCAAAGGCGUACAAGGUCUGUGCCACCACCUCUGGACCACUAGCUACUCCUACAGGCACACAGGUAGAGGGCUUUGGGAGUGUGGGGGAAUUACCAGACGGGUCCGCAGGUGUGGCAGGGCAGUGGGCUUGCAGGUGGCUCCAGUGACUUCCCAUUACCCAUGGCUGCAAAAAGCCCACGAGCAUGAGUACAGUCAUACAGAAGACACUGUCCUAGCCACAGUGGUAGGCAAGGCCGGACAGGCCUCACUCUGUACCUGGGCACACCUGGUGUGGACUGUUUGGUGCUGAGAAGCCCCAUUACCCACCCCCGUUCCUGGCAGUCUCCAAACUACAGCUCACAGAAAGAACCAUCUCCAUUUCCAUAUUAAACAUUUCAGCAAGAAGGAA